GGCUCCUGCCCGCCACCCGCCGCCGAGCGCCCGGCCCGCAGCGCCCGCACCGCCGGUCCCAGCCACUCGCAGCGGCGAUCGGGCGCCCCGCGGAGGCGGCGGCGGCGCAGCCUGGCCGGGCGGGUUGAAGGGACGAGUCGCACGCGGCUCAGGAAGUGACAAGUCGGUUUCCUCCCCGGGAGCCGCUCGGUGUGCUGCGCUUGCUCGGCGCCGGCGGGAGAGCGCGCGCGGCAGCCCGACGACUUGGCGACCUGGCGGGCCCGCGCCCGGAGCGCCCGGCCGCGCACACCUUUUUUUUUUUUUUGAGGAGCGAUCAGAUUCUGUAUCGACCACAGGACGAGAGGCAGUGCCUCCACUGGGGAGACCGAGAUGUUUUGCUUCGUCCUUACAGAGGACAGAUUCUCACGAAAAUAGACUGCGAGGAGGCUCGGCGGUGCCGGGGUUUUCAUGUGUAACUCAGGUGUCUCCGCGGAAAUAGUUUUGUGGCGCUGCCCUCCCAGGAAAUGGCAUUCAUGGAGGUGUCGGGAAGUGGCCUCAGGACCCCGGCCCUGCUCUCACCAGCUUCUGGGACGAAUCUCUGGGAACCCGAGUGGCUGCGCAUCUGUCUGAACUGACGUGGGUCCGUCUCCUACCCUUUGGGCUUCUCUCCAGACUCCUUGCAGGCGAGGACACUGGCCGGGAGGGCAGGGGCCUGGCUGAAGCCCGCAGCCCGUGUCGGACACCGAGCUCGUCUGGCCCAGCCUCCCCUUGGACAGCGAGGUGGCCCCACCGAGGGGAGCGGCCGAUGGGGAGCUGCUGCUGACCCAGCCCCCUGGGAGGUGCCCAGGAGACCCCUGCCCGCGCUUGCCCAACGGAGGAUGGCUGGUGCCCGCCCUGGGGCAGAGCCCCGCUCCUGAGGCCCUGCCAUGGUGAUGAUCCUGAGGAAGAGCCUCGACACGCAGGGCGCCCACUCCGCGGCCGGCAGGCCCUUCGACUCGGAGCUGCGCCCGCCAAAGAAGAUGAGCCACGGACCGACCCUUCUCUCUUGUGGAGUGACCGAAAAUGACAGAUGGCGAGACCUGGACAGGAAGUGCCCCCUUCAGAUCGACCCGCCGAGCGCCAGCCUCUGGAGCGCCUGCCGAGCGUGCCCGGACGGCGCCUGCACCCGAAGCGCGACCGCUUGCACCGUGACCAGCCUCAUCCAAGACCUCAGCCUCAGCGACCACAACGGGAACCCCUCCGCGCCCCCCAGCAAGCGCCAGUGCCGGUCACUGUCCUUCUCGGACGAGCUGUCCAGCUGCCGGACCUCUUGGCGGCCCCUGGGGUCCCGGGUCUGGACCCCCGUGGAGAAGAGGCGCUGCUACAGCGGGGGCAGCGUGCCCCGCCUCGCCGGCGGCCCGGGCACCAUGCAGCGCAGCUCCAGCUUCAGCCUCCCGUCCCGCCCCGACGCGCUCGCCUCGCCCUGCGACCCCGCGGGCUUUCCCCGCCACCUCGGGGGCCAGGCCGGCCCGGGGGCGCCCGGCGCGGCCACCUGCGGACAGGCUGACCUCUGGAGCCCAGACUUGAGCCCCGCGGGGGGCGCCCGGCUGGACAUGCAGCGGUCGCUCUCGUGCUCCCACGAGCAGUUUUCCUUCGCCGAGUUCUGUGCGCCCUCCGCCAGCAGCACGCCCGCCUCCACGCCCGAGCUGGCACGGCGCCCCGGCGGGCUGUCCCGCAGCCGCUCCCAGCCCUGCGUCCUCAACGACAAGAAGGUGGGCGUCAAGCGGCGGCGCCCCGAGGACGGGCCCGAGCAGCGGCCUUCCCUGGACCUGGCCAAGAUGGCACAGCCUGGCGGUCCCCCCACAAAAGAAGAGGUACAGGGUCUCAAGUCCAGAGCUCACCCCCAGCCUGGGGGACAAGCUCGUGGUGUGCCCCCCGAAGCCCGUGGAGUUGUGGGGGGGUGGUUCUCAAGGAGGGCCAGGCAGAGCCCGCCCGCCGCCCCUGGCUCUCGUCUCCAUUUCUCCCACGGCCGCUCCAGCCGUGCCCCUGUCUCCGAGGACUUGGCAGCUGGACCUCGAUCGGGCACAUGCAUUUACCUUGGAGCCGCGUGGAAUUUUCCUCCGAGGGAGAAGUUUAAAUUGGUGAAGGGCUGGCAAGGUGACGGCUUGGGCGACUUCUGAGGGAAACCCCGAGUUCUAGGUGUGAGCAGUGGCUUCGGUUACAUGUGUGAUGCUGAGCGUGUUUUAUGACCUAACAAGCCAGAUGGGUAAUAAAAACCACGUACACAUGUUACGCCGUUU